AUGUCCAAGGCUCGCGCUAGGUCGGAGGCAGCCAUCCUGGGCAUAGACUGGGGCAGCACCGCCAUACGUGCAACCAUUUGCAUCCGCAAGACCAGGGAGCUGCACCCGAUAUGGAACCGUGGCGCGGUUCCUGGACAUGACAUCCGCUACCAGACCGGAGCCUUCAACUCAACUCUCUACGUCGACGACCGCGGCGGCAUAGUGUACACUGGCGAGGUAUACAACGGAAGCUGCACGCCCAUUCCCUCAAAAUGGUUCCUGUGCGAAGACCGCGAGACCGGUAACCCGCUCCUCGAUGGCCUCCUGGCCAAGUUCAGGGGCAUGGAGACGAAAAUUCGUAGGGCCCUGAAAGCCAUAGUGAGGACCGUCUUUCAGGAGGUGACAGAUUUCUGUACCGAUCGCGCGCUCCAUAUUGACGAGGUUGGCCUGUCGCAUCCCGCGCACUGGACGGCCCAGGAGCUAUCCAGCUACGAGAACCUAAUUGCCUCCGCCAUGAUGGAGUCUAAUACGUUUGCAAACGCACACGGUCGCAUCAAGCUUCACGUAGAGAGUCUGGCACUCGCCAGGAAGAAGAUUGACGCCGCUGUCGCCUUAGGUUCGAACGUCAAGAUUGUUUUGUCCGGCGGCAGUGGCAAGAACAUUCUGGUGCAGGCUAAUCUUCAGCAAGCUUGUGCUCAACUUAAGAUUGACGAUCCGUUUCUCUUUUACGAGGCGGUCGGCGAGAAAGACUCUUUCAAUAUCAGCAAAGGAGCCGCACUUGCGGCGGUUGAUAAUAUCACGGUGCAAGAAUUUAUUAACAGGGGCGCUGCUUUCGGUUUCCAAAUAGGUCGCCCGCUGAAGAGCGUCAAUGGCAGCUUCAUAAGCUGGGAGAGUGCUGCCACUCUAGCUCUUGAUUCCGACGGUCCCCAUUACUUUAGAAAGCGCUACAGCGGGACCACGAGGCUCAAGAUUGUCUGUGACCCUCUGCUGCAAGCCUCUGCCAAAUGGGAUCACGUCCCAUCAGCGUGGUGCUACGACAUUCUCGAAUUGGCGCCGCCUACCAAGGGCCACUGGGAAUUCUGCUUACAGUUGCAUGACUUCGGUGACGGCAAGCUGGGACUAAUAAUCCGAAAAAACAAGCUGUCGUGGAAGGGUAAAGCCGUGCUGGAGAAGAUGGCCUACGGCCCCUUUCCCCUCGAAUACGACACGUCUUCGAAGUGUUGCCUGAUCAACUUGGACCGGGUCAAGACCGAUAGUACCGACUUUGAGAGUGGCAUCUUCCUGACCGAGGAUGGGAAGCUUGUGCCGUGCGACCCGGAGGCGGUGAACGACCAGAUCCGGGAUCUGCAAAAGGAGAACAGUGAUCGAUUGAGGGAGUCGAGCGGGAUCAAUAAGUCCAUGCCGCAAAAGGCGAAGGAGCAGCAAGAGAAGCAGGGGAGGCAGCAGGAACAACUGGAAAGCAAAGCGACGGGAAAGCGGCCUAGGUCCACGUCGGGUUCUGAGAUGAGGGGCAGAGGGAAGCCGCGUAAGGAGUCCGGCCGUGAUGACGAAAGGGGACAGGAACCGGCCUACAAAACAAGACUCAUGAAGCGGUAA